UCUGCUGGCUGGCUCGUAGGAAAUAGUCGGGCGUGGAAGCUCGACGUGUCCGGAAAGGUGUCCGCUUGUUUGGCUCCAGACGCGUCAGCUUCGCGGCGGUGCCCUUCUGUUCAGUCCUGCGAAAGGUGCGCUCCGCCCGGGCACCAUGCUCGACCCGUCCUCCAGCGAGGAAGAGUCCGACGAGGUGCUCGAGGAAGAGAGGCGGGACCUGUUGGGGGUGUCCGGCGGGAGCGGCCCCUCGAACAGCUCCCCGCGAGCCCUCCCGGCUGCUAGCCGGGACUCCGGACGCCAGGGCAGCGGUGGCGGCGUGGCGACCCGGCCCGUGAGCCCCAGCCCUUCGCUGCGGAGCGAAGGCAAAGAAGAGCAAGAGCGGUUCCAGGAAGAGGAGAGGGAGAAGCGGCUCCGGCUGCAGCUUUACGUCUUCAUCGUGAGGUGCAUCGCCUAUCCGUUUAACGCCAAGCAGCCAACAGACAUGGCCCGGCGGCAGCAGAAGCUGAACAAACAACAACUACAAGUGGUGAAAGAGCGGUUCCAGGCAUUUCUAAAUGGAGAGACACAGAUUGUGGCUGACGAAGCUUUUUGCAAUGCAGUUCGAAGUUACUAUGAAGUUUUCCUCAAGAGUGACCGAGUUGCUAGAAUGGUCCACUGUGGCGGAUGCUCAGCAAAUGAUUUCAGAGAUAUUUUUAAGAAGAACAUAGAAAAAAGAGUCCGGAGCUUGCCUGAGAUAGAUGGAUUAAGCAAAGAGACUGUGCUAAGUUCUUGGAUAGCCAAAUAUGAUGCUAUUUACAGGGGAGAAGAGGAUCUGUACAAACAGUCCAACAGGAUGGCUUUAAGUGCUGUAUCUGAACUCAUCUUAAGCAAAGAACAACUAUAUGAGAUGUUCCAGCAGAUUCUAGGCGUAAAGAAAUUGGAGCAUCAAUUAAUCUAUAAUGCCUGUCAACUGGACAAUGCAGAUGAGCAAGCUGCCCAGAUCAGACGAGAACUUGAUGGGCGCCUUCAAAUGGCUGAUCAAAUGGCAAAAGAAAGAAAAUGUCCAGAGUUUAUAGCAAAAGAAAUGGAGCACAUGUAUAUAGAAGAACUACGAUCUUCAGUGAAUUUGCUGAUGGCAAAUUUGGAAAGUCUUCCAGUGUCUAAAGGUGGCCCAGAAUUUAAAUUACAAAAAUUAAAACGAUCACAGAAUUCUGCUUUCUUGGACAUAGGAGAUGAAAAUGAGGUUCAGCUGUCAAAAUCAGAUGUGGUGCUGUCAUUCACAUUAGAGAUUGUUAUAGUAGAAGUUCAAGGCUUGAAGUCUCUAGCUCCGAGCCGUAUUGUUUACUGUACAAUGGAAGUAGAAGGAGGAGAGAAACUUCAAACAGACCAAGCUGAAGCUUCAAGACCACAAUGGGGAACUCAAGGGGAUUUUACCACAACCCAUCCUCGGCCUGUCGUCAAAGUGAAACUUUUUACAGAAAGCACAGGUGUCCUGGCACUUGAAGAUAAAGAGCUAGGAAGGGUUGUGUUGUACCCAACUUCCAAUAGCUCAAAGUCAACAGAGCUGCAUAAAAUGAUAGUCCCUAAAAACAGCCAAGAUUCUGAUCUGAGGAUAAAACUAGCAGUGAGAAUGGAUAAGCCACCACACAUGAAGCAUUGUGGGUAUUUGUAUGCCCUUGGACAAAAAGUUUGGAAACGAUGGAAAAAGCGCUACUUUGUUCUUGUGCAGGUUAGCCAAUAUACAUUUGCUAUGUGCAGCUACAGAGAGAAAAAAUCAGAGCCUCAGGAGUUAAUGCAACUUGAAGGAUACACUGUGGAUUAUACAGCACCCCAUCCAGGCCUUCAAGGUGGUCAGAUGUUCUUCAAUGCUGUCAAAGAAGGCGACAUAGUGAUAUUUGCCAGUGAUGAUGAACAAGAUCGGAUCCUUUGGGUCCAAGCAAUGUACAGAGCUACUGGUCAAUCUUACAAGCCAGUUCCUGUAGGUCAAGCACAGAAGAUGAAUCCAAAAGGAAGCAAUACUCACACAGAUUUAUCACAGAAUGCAGAUCAUGCACAGAAGCAUGACAUGGAUGAGUUUAUUUCUGCUAAUCCUUGCACAUUUGACCAUGCUGCACUCUUUAGAGUACUACAGAGACAGACCUUGGAUCACCGACUGAAUGAUUCCUAUUCUUGUUUGGGCUGGUUUAGCCCCGGCCAAGUCUUCGUGUUAGAUGAAUAUUGUGCUCGUUAUGGAGUAAGAGGCUGUCACCGCCAUCUCUGCUAUCUGAAUGAAUUGAUGGAACACUCAGAAAAUGGUGCUGUCAUUGACCCAACCUUGCUCCAUUACAGCUUUGCCUUUUGUGCUUCUCAUGUUCAUGGGAACAGGCCUGAUGGAAUUGGGACUGUAACUGUUGAAGAGAAAGAAAGAUUUGAAGAUAUUAAGAAGAGGCUUUCUUCCCUUCUAGAAAACCAAAUAAGCCACUUUAGAUACUGCUUUCCUUUUGGGCGUCCUGAAGGAGCUUUGAAAGCCACACUUUCCUUGCUUGAGAGGGUCUUAAUGAAAGAUAUUGCUACUCCCAUACCAGCAGAAGAAGUGAAGAAAGUGGUCAGAAAAUGUCUAGAGAAAGCAGCCUUGAUCAAUUACACUCGACUUACAGAUUAUGCCAAAAUAGAAGAGACGCUGAACUUGGCAUCUCCUUCUGUAAAGCUGGAAGAGGUUAUUCAUUUAGCAGAGCUCUGCAUUGAAGUCCUGCAGCAGAAUGAAGAACAUCAUUCAGAGGCCUUUGCGUGGUGGCCAGAUCUGUUGGCUGAACAUGGGGAGAAGUUUUGGUCACUUUUUACUGUUGACAUGGAUUCUGCGCUGGAGACACAGCCACAGGAUAGCUGGGAUAGCUUUCCUCUUUUCCAGUUACUCAAUAACUUCCUGAGAAAUGACUCACUUUUGUGCAAUGGAAAGUUUCACAAGCAUUUGCAAGAGAUUUUUGUUCCCUUGGUCAUCCGCUACAUUGAUCUCAUGGAAUCAUCCAUUGCCCAGUCCCUUCACAGAGGUCUUGAACAGGAAUCAUGGCAGCCUGUCAAGACCAUCACCAACAGUCUUCCCAAUGUAGCUCUUCCAAAAGUUCCAAGUUUGCCUCUUAAUCUUCCACAGAUACCUAGUUUUUCUACACCAACAUGGAUGGCUUCUUUAUAUGACUCCACUAAUGGGUCAGCAACAUCAGAAGACCUCUUCUGGAAACUGGAUGCCCUACAGAUGUUCAUCUUAGAUCUCCAUUGGCCAGAACCAGAGUUUGCCCAUCACUUAGAACAGAGACUUAAACUUAUGGCCAGUGAUAUGAUAGAAGCUUGCAUCAAAAGAACAAGAGCUGCUUUUGAACUCAAAGUGCAGAAGACAAAUAAAUCAACAGAUUUGCGUAUUCCUUCUUCUGUAUGCACAAUGUUCAAUGUACUAGUUGAUGCCAAGAAGCAAACUGCUAAACUUUGUAUUCUGAAUGGUGGGCAGGAGUUUGCAAAUCAAUGGCAACAAUAUCAUUCGAAAAUUGAUGACUUGAUUGAAGAAACUGUGAAAGAAGUAAUUUCACUUCUUGUUUCAAAGUUUGUUGCAGUGCUAGAAGGUGUGCUCUCUAAAUUAUCAAGGUAUGAUGAAGGCACUUUCUUCUCAUCAAUUCUUUCAUUCACUGUAAAAGCAGCUGCAAAAUAUGUUGAUGUUCCUACUGCAGACCACAACUGUAAACCAGGGAUGGAUCUUGCAGAUACUUACAUUAUGUUUGUUCGUCAAAAUCAAGAUAUACUUCGAGAUAAAGUCAAUGAAGAAAUGUACAUAGAAAAAAUAUUUGAUCAGUGGUACAGCAGCUCCAUGAAAGUCAUAUGUGUGUGGCUGGCUGACAGAUUAGAUCUCCAACUUCAUAUCUACCAGCUGAAGACUCUCAUCAAAAUAGUAAAGAAAACCUAUCGAGACUUUCGGUUACAGGGUGUGCUGGAAGGAACCCUAAACAGUAAAACCUACAACACAGUUCAUAGCCGUCUCACAGUAGAAGAAACCACCGUUUCUGUGUCUAAUGGUGGUGGACUGCAAGGCAUCACCAUGAAAGACAGCGAUGAAGAAGAAGGCUGAUGUUUUAUGUCUCUCCCAAGUGUCUGUUUCAUAACUUGUCCUCAUGUCUGAAUGUAUGUUUUGCCUUAAUGCCCUGGUAUUACAAUGUGAGCUCCUCCCAUUUGAAGGGAAGAGAAAAAUUGACUUCUGAAAAAUGACAUAAGAAGGGCCAAUGGUGAGGAGCAGUGUUCAUGCCAAGGAGAUUCUGACAUCAGUAGAUUUUGCAUCUUUUACCACGUGGCUUUGCUUUGUACUGUGAUAAUAUGCCAAUAAGGAGCCAGAGGCUCGUGAUUCAUUGCCUUUUGUUUGUAUUGUUGCAGUCUCUUGCCAUGCCUUCAGUACAGCAUGCCCCUGUGCAGAAUGCAAACUGCAGACACCACCCAACCCUUUUGGCAGCCGUUCUUAGAAAUUCUCCCAUUUUGUUGUUCACAGCCAAUACUGUGGCACUUCACAAAGAGUGAAACCCUACCUGUAUUUUCUAUGGUUUGAUGCUGCUGCGGUUUUGCUUUCUGAGGAAGUUGUAUUUUUGCUCUUUCAUUAUCAGGUGAAACAUUAAAAAAUCUUACUCUUGUAUCUUAGUGUUUUGAUUUGGCUACGUAUAAGGGCAGGAGAAUGUCAAGGAUUCCUGGGAAAGUACACAGAAAAUGAAAUUUGAAGUGUUGCUUCUUCAAAUCUUUGCCUCUUUUUCACAGUGGAAAAAAAUAUUGUCAUCUUGUGGGGUGUCAGGAAGCUUGUCCUGGGUUCUUCUGUGUCUCUGUGGAAACAUGCAAGCAAUAAGAACCUUCUUGUCAUCCAUGUCGCCUCUGUAUCUAGCCCAUAUUUGUAUAAAACUCUGAAAUUAAAAGAUGAUGAUCGUAUGUAAAACAAUUUGACCUCCUGUGUUAGCAAGGGGAUGUAUCAAAAUUUUAUACAUACGUGUGAUUAUCUGCUUUACAUAAAGACCAGUCUAUAACACAUAUUCAUUUAUAAGAAUACAAAAAUAAAUGUCUCCAAACAGAA